AUGUUACGACGUUCCAUUGCCGUGGGCACUGCUCUUUUCAAGUCCACAAUGCCAAAAAGGAAGGCUGACAAGGGUGAAUUCUUCAAGCCGAAAAAAGCAAAAGUCGCUGAAGUAGAGACGGAAACCAGCGAUGAUACAAAAGAAAAUGGGCUACGCGGAGAUGAGAAUGAACGAUCGUGGAAGAUUCUUUCUUGGAACGUCGCUGGUUUGAGAGCGUUGGUGAAGAAAAAUGGCCAAAAAUCAAUAAUAUCGCAAUCUCCCGACCUUGUUUUUCUAAGCGAGAUCAAGUGCAAUGAAUGGCCUGUGGACUGUGAGACAGACUUCAAGAAAUAUCACAAAACCUUGGUCAUAUCACAAGAGAAAAAGGGCUAUGCUGGCGUUGCUUUGUUGAGCAAAAUCAAACCGAUCAAGGUAUGGAAGGGUAUAGGAAAUGCCAGCUAUGACGGCCACGGUCGCCUCAUCAUAGCUGAGUUUACCCACUUCUACUUCAUUGGUGCUUAUGUCCUAAACAGUGGCCGUGGUCUUGUCAACCUUGAAAAAAGAGGCAAAUGGGAAGAGCUUUUCCUCGAAAAGAUUAAAGAACUUGAUGAGAAGAAGCCCGUCAUCUACAGCGGAGAUCUCAAUGUCGCGCACAACGAGAUUGAUCUAGCAAAUCCUGAAACCAAUAGAAACAAGACCGCUGGUUUCACUGAUCAAGAGCGCGAAUGGUUUUCAAGACUGUUGGAAGCUGGUUUCAAGGACACAUAUCGUGAACUGCAUGGAGACAAGCAGGAGUACACGUUUUGGUCUUAUUUGGGGAAUGCUCGCUCCAAGAACGUAGGCUGGCGACUCGAUUACAAUGUUGUCAGCAAUAGAAUCUUUGAAAAAGUAAAAUCCAGCGAGAUUCUUACGGAAGUGAUGGGCAGCGACCAUGCACCAAUAGUGCUCGAAAUUGACAUUUGA